GGCAGUGCUUUUCAAACUUUUACUGGAGCGGAACCCAUUACUGCCAAUUUUAGCAGUUUUGUAACUUCUUGCGGAACCAUGGUUGGAAAUCACUGCUGUAAGAUCAUGAGAAAGUUAUUCAUCUGUCUAUGUGCAUUAUGUUUCUUAGCUGUUGCAGCAGAACUCCCCCAAACAUGGAAUGAAUAUCAAAAUACAAAUGAAACCAAAGGGAUCCAAAGUGGUGGUGAAUGUGGAAACAUUACAAGCUGUGGUGGAUCUUCUGCUACUAGCAGACCUGGUGGUGAAUGUGGAAACAUUACAAGCUGUGGUGGAUCUUCUGCUACUAGCAGACCUGGUGGUGAAUGUGGAAACAUUACAAGCUGUGGUGGAUCUUCUGCUACUAGCAGACCUGAUAUGGAAACCACAAAAGAUUCUGGAUCUAACGCAGCAGGAACCAGCAUGCCCAACUAUGCGAUAAUCAUCCUUGCCAUAAUCAGUGCUUUGCAGCCAUUCUUUUUAGAAUCUUCUAUGUCAAUUGAAUCAAAAUUCACGUUCUUGCGUAGAGAAAAAAUAUAGAAUUACCAACAAAAACAAAGCUGAUAAAUAUGUACAGGUGUUGCAAAUGAAGUUUAAUUACCAAUAGACACCGGCCAUGGCUUCAAUCUCAUAAGGAACAUUUAAACAAGUUGUCAUUUUGAUUUUCACUUUUCUCCAUGCAUACAACACUGUAUCACACAUCCUAGAAGAAAGAUCAACUUCCACGCUGUUUCUAUUUACUCAUUUCAUUAUCAGUUCGUGUACUUCCUAUGAUAUGUUAUCUUCUCUUACUUGUCAUGCUUGAAGAAUAAAAUCAAUUGCAGUCCU